AUGAACAACAAAACUGGAGGCAGCAAUGAGUAUCACCCGGGUGCCAAUGUUUCCAAAGAGAAGUGGUACUUUCCACCAGAGUUGAGAAACGGGUUGAAACCGUUUGACCUCUCGAACGAAACUAUCGCCGAGACUCUUGCUUGUGCUUGGGAGUAUGCUAGAUGCGUUAUACCCGACUGGAAUAGCUGGGAUAGAUACUUGGCGUUCAACCGGACUAUUGUCAUUGCUAUCAUCGCCGAAUUUCGCGGCGACUUGAUUCCGGAAGUCGACAGUAAAGAUAUCAUCGGUUACGACUUAGAUGAGCUCCUCAGUACUCUGUUUGGAGGAACUUCGAUGCGAGAGGAUAUGGCCCGCGAGUUCAGGACUUUUUUGCUCAUGUCAGCCGAGAAGUCCAGGAAGCGGCGUGACUCUGAGCUCUUCGGUCGCUAUCUGAACGCUCUCACAAAGUCUCCACAGUGCUGGUUCCGGCUCCGCGAUUGUGACGCCUUAGCUCGGUAUACGAUUGCUAGCGCCCUGGCGUGUAACGGCUUUAGCGAUAUGCCCUUCGAUGAGAAACAGUUGCAACUUGUUGCGGAGCUGAGCGAUACCCUUUACGACGCCGUUGCUUUCUAUAAGCAUCGCGCCGAAGGCGAAACCAACAGUACUUUCGGAUAUGUUGGCGAUGAGAUGCGGGUUGAGAACUACCGAGAUUACCGAGACAUUCUCUGGGCGCUAGAUGUUACAUGGGCACAGGAUCCUGCAAAACGCUGCGUCCUUAAUUUCGUGAGGCCGUUCGGAGGCCCCAUCCAUAUGAUGACAAGAAGGUAUAGAUUCGUCGAAGACCGUCUAAUGAUCGGAAGACCUGAGACAGACCAAGUGGUGGAAUUGACGCGCGCCAACUUCAAACUCUGGAAUAAGGUCGAAGGUGACGCUGUGAAACCAGCCAAAGAUGGACGCUAUAUGGAUAUCAUCAUCCAAUCCGACAAGCUGAUGAUUCCUGGGUUCUGCAGCCUUCUGGAAAGCAGUGCUGAGAAGAGCUGUUCUCAUUGCGACAGCGCAGUUUCUAGCAGCCCGGGCAUUCGGCGGUUUGGGGGCGUCCGUCUGUGUGAUGAGUGUAAAACAGAAUGGAGGUUAUUCAUGCGAGCCGCCCAUGUACGAUUUGCAGCCGCUUUCCCGGAAAUUAAGGACAAUUUAUUAGGUUAA